AUGAAGACUACCUUUACUCUCGCCGCUUUGGCUGUUUCCUUUGCAACCCUCUCUGCUGCUGUUGCAAUCCCCGCCGAGGGAGCCCAAGCAGAGCCCGCCUACGUCUGGGCCUCUGCUGCCAAACGUGACACCCAGGAGCCCGCUUAUGUCUGGGCUUCUACUGGAAAGUCCACCGGAAAGCGUGACACCCAGGAACCAGCGUACGUUUGGGCUUCGACUGCCAAACGCGACACUCAGGAACCAGCGUACGUCUGGGCCUCCACCGCCAAACGUGACACUCAGGAACCAGCGUACGUCUGGGCCUCCACCGCCAAACGUGACACUCAGGAACCAGCGUAUGUUUGGGCUUCGACUGCCAAACGUGACACUCAGGAACCAGCGUACGUUUGGGCUUCCACUGCCAAACGUGACACUCAGGAACCAGCGUACGUCUGGGCCUCCACUGCCAAGCGGGAUGUUGCUGAGGCCGAAGUGGUCGAGCGCGAGUAA